CAAUCGAUUGCUAUCCCUUCCAGGAGAGAAAACAAAGAACUUGGUUGUCAGCAAGCGUAAAGAUUCAAACCAUAUAAAUAAUGGGCAAGAAGCAUAAAAAGCACAAGUCUGAAAAGUAUGAAGAGUACGGGGAGAGACCACUUAAAUUGGUUCUGAAGGUUGCUGGAAAUGAGGUGACAACUGGAAGCUCGAGCUUUGAAAACACAUUUGACGAACAUCCAGAUUUAGAGAAACACAAGGACAAGAAAAAGAAGAAGAAAAAGGAUAAGGAAAGGAACGAUAACAUGUCACCAGUUGAUAAAAAGAAAAAGAUGACAAAGAAGAAGAAGGGACAGGACGCUGAUACAGACUGGGAUGAUAGGGAGGCGAGCAGGACCCCUAUCCGUUCAGAUCUGGCAUCCUCUUUGAAUAAAGUGGAAGAGAAAGAACUGACCCCACUGCAGGAAGCAUUGAGUCAGCUCAUCAGACAGCUCCAAAGGAAAGACCCAAGUGCGUUUUUCUCGUUCCCUGUGACUGACCUUAUCGCUCCUGGCUACUCCACGAUCAUCAAGCGGCCCAUGGACUUUGGCGCAAUGAAGGAGAAAGUCAAGAAUGAGUAUUACCAGUCACUAGAGGAGCUCAAGGUGGACUUCAGAAUCAUGUGUGAGAAUGCCAUGAUCUACAACAAGCCAGAGACCAUUUACCACAAAGCUGCCAGGAAGCUGCUCCACUCUGGCAUGAAGAUCCUCCGUCCGGAGAGGCUUGAGAGCCUGAGGCAGAGUAUUGAGUUCAUGGCUGACCUAGAGAACCCAGCCAACCGGUCAAGUAAGACUGGAGAGGUGGGGAACUCAAGCAUGGACCAGUGUAAAGACGGCCCCGGCCCCAGCCCCACAGAUCCUAGCGAGACUACCCAGUCUGCACCAAACACUCCCAGGAAAGACAACGACUCCAAAGACGAAGUGUCCAAGGUCGUCAGUCAGGCAGAGAAGGAGCUUGAGGAGAUCCGCAAGCUCAUUGACGAUUCAGGAGGCAAACUGUCCAACAGAGGGCUGGAGAGUGAGCUGGACUUUGAGAGGAGAAAGUCUGAUGGUUCCACCACACUGGCAAUCCUGAACCCAGUCGACCUUGUGGCUGGAGAUGUGGGCUACUGCCCUGUGAAGCUGGGCAUGAUGUCCAACCGGCUGCAGAGUGGCAUCAACACCCUGCAGGGCUUUAAGGAGGACAAGAGGAACAUGGUCACACCAGUAUUGUACAUGAACUAUGGUCCGUACACCUCCUACGCGCCCGCCUACGACUCGAGCUUCGCCAACAUCGGGAAAGAGGACUCUGACCUGAUCUACUCCUUCUAUGGAGAGGAAGCCAGCCUCCAGGGAUCUGAGAGCCUCUCGGAGUUCCUGUCCAAAUCGGAGGAGCACAUGUACAAACUGGCAGACAACCUCCUGGACGCGUUGACUAACGGGGAGCACUCCAAAACCCUGAGAGAGACCCGUCCAGGUGAGCAAGGCCCAACAGAAACAGCUGAGACUGGAGACAAGGACAUGGAGGUGGUUGAUCCGGAGGCCAGCAAGCAGACUGAAAGCAGACUAGCCUCCCUGGGCUCUGUGGUCGGCCUGGACCUCCAGACUCCACCGGACCUCCUCUCUGAGGAGGCCCAACACUUCCAGCAGAAGUUGGAUGAGACUACAAAGCUCCUCCACGAGCUGCAGGAAGCGCAGAGGGAACGCUUGAGUGUCAAGCAGCCCCCCAACAUCAUCUGCCUGCUAGCCCCAACUACCAAGGAGCUGCAACUGGCUGAGAAGGUGACUGGUAACCUGGCCCAACUGACCAGUCAGGUGGCUCCAGGAGAUGUGAGCAGUGUGUACGGGAUCAGGAGGGCCAUGGGCAUCGCUAUACCCCUAGAGGCAGAUGAACCACUCAUAGACCUCACCACAGUUGAUGCUGAGCCAAUGGACACCUUGCCUGAAGUUCAGCAGAUUCCAGUCAUCGCAGUAUAAUGGAAUUUCACAGCAACCAUCCUCCAAUCUCUGUUGUAGUGUUCAAAAAGGUUCUUUGUUUGCAUUUCUUUUAAACCUUUUUAUAUAUAAAGCCAUUUGGCACCUUAUCCAUUCUGA